AUGAGCGUGAAGUUAACUAAUCAUUUCUAUUUAUUUGAAAAUUUAUUAUUAAAUUGGAAUAAUUUAGCAAAAGUUGAAAAAGAAUUGGUUGAAUUAGAUAAAUUAAUAGAGGAAUAUAAUGAUGAUCAAUUAUUAAUUUUGGCAGCAAAUGACAAAUAUAAAUGCCUUAAUUGUAUUGAGGACCUAAGAAAGCAAAUAUUUGACCAAGUUCUAACAUUAGAUAGAUUUAUUGAUGUAAAAUUACAAAAUAAAGAUUCAACAGAACUCAAACAUUCCAGUGAUAGGGAACAUGAUUUUUUUAAUUAUGAGUUAGAUGAAAAUGGAAUAGCCUUGGAAAUAACAUCAGGUGUUGGUGGUCAGGAGUCCUCCUUAUUUGUUAAUGAAUUAUUUGAGUUGUACAAUAGUUAUGGACUUUGGCUAGGUCUACAAUUUAAUAUUCUACAUAGUGGGAAAACUGACAUAGGAGGUCUGAGAAAGGCAAAAGCUGAGAUAUCGGGUGAUCCUUAUUUAGUGAAAAAUUUUAAAUAUGAAUCUGGAAUACAUCGAAUUCAAAGAGUGCCAAAAACAGAAAAAAGUGGUAGAAUUCACACUAGCACAGUUGCUGUCUCUAUCUUGCCGAUAUAUCUAGACAUUGAUGUUGAAAUACACAAUAAAGAUCUUAGGAUUGACACAUAUAAAGCACAAGGCAAAGGUGGACAGCACGUUAACACUACUGAUAGUGCUGUGCGAAUUACGCAUGUGCCUACUGGAUUAGUCGCUGAGUGUCAGGAAGGAAGAUCUCAAAUAGCUAACAGAGAAAGAGCUUUUGAAAUAUUGAAGGAUAAAAUGAUAGAACAUAAACACGCUAAUGCAACAUCCCAUUUUACCAAUAUUCGUAAAAAUCAACGGGGUACUCUAGGAAGAUCGGAAAAAAUUAGAACUUAUAAUUUUCCUCAAGAUAGAAUAACAGAUCAUAGGUUACCCGAUAAGGCUUUCCACGGUCUUAAAAAAUCUUUUCAGGAACAGACACCCACUCUCUUGCACGAUAUAAUCUGUUCGAUAGAUGAUUACCUUAAAAAUCUUAAAUUUCACCAAAUCAUGUCUCGAUUUUCUUAACUGUCACCUUUUAAGUGUUAUAGAAUUCGUUUUAUA